CACCUGCUUUUACCUCUUAUUUAUCUCACUGCAUUUUCUGACCUGUUUUAGCUUUGAAGUUAAACUACAGAGGACCAUCAUCAUGACUCCAGUUUUCCUUGUCUUGCUCUUGAUGACGGCUGUUCCUCUGAAUGCAGCAAAAAAUGAAGAUCAGAGCAACGAGUCUCUAGAUGUCUCUGAAAUCAUCGAAAAGGCCAAUGAAGACAUAUCUGAAAUCCUGAUUCAUGGUGACAUUGCACCUUCUUUAACCAAGAAUGCAGUCCCGUGCACAGCCACUGGCUGCAAAUGGCCUAAAAGUGGACGCUACGUUUACGUGCCCGUCUUCAUCUCCUCUGCAUACACCCCCAGCGAGCGAGACAUCAUCAUUAAAGGCCUCGUGUCCUUCCACAGCUCCACCUGCAUUCGUUUUGUCUGGUGGAAGCCAGAGAAUCGCGAUUACCUCUACUUCAUGUCUAAAACCGGGUGCUGGUCCCACCUGGGCCGUCAGAACGGGGGCCAGAUAGUCUCCCUGCAGAAAGGUGGUUGUGUGUACCACAAAACAGUGCAACAUGAGAUUCUUCACGCUCUGGGCUUCCACCAUGAGCAGGUCCGCUCUGACAGAGAUCAAUACGUCCAGAUCCUCAACGAGAACAUUCAGGAAGGAAAAGAACACAACUUUAGGAAGGAGCAGACCAACAACUUGGAGACUUCUUAUGACUUCACCUCUGUCAUGCACUACAGCAGAAAUGCCUUCUCCAAAAACGGGCAGCCCACCAUUGUGGCCAAGUCCAAUGCUAACCUUAUCUUUGGAUAUGCUAGCGAGAUGAGUGCCAAUGACAUUGCCCGUGUCAACAAGCUGUAUGGCUGCUGGUAAAAGAUUAAGUUUUAAAGACGGCAAGAAACAGCCAGAAUCCAGAUGCUUUGGCUCGGCCUGUUGUCCUGUAAAAAUAUUGGAAACAUAAAUGUAAUAUAGAGAUCUGAAGUUCAUUUAUAUUUGGAAAGUUAUAUUCACUAGUUUUUUACAAUUGUGUGUGAUGUUGUUUUAAUUUAAUAUUUAAUCUAUUUGAUAAUUUCCUGGAAAUGCAAAUGAAUGUCUUUGUGUUGUGACUAUUUCUACUUUUGUUAUUAAUGUCAGUGCUUGUAAAUGGUUUAUUGUGCCUCUUUAAAGCAGUCUGCAGAUAGAUGCGUUCUAAAAUAAAAGUAGCUGUUAGCCCUUUAUUUAAGUCAUUAACGUAACACAAUUUCUAACUAAAAUCAUCCCUGAAAUAAUGUCAACAUAUUUAAUUGUCUAAGGUUUGGUCAUUUUAGUCUUGCUUUUUAUACUUGUCAUAUAUUCUGUGACUUUGUAUUCAUUUUUGCAGUGAAAAAUAAACAUGUACACCUACAGGUGUAAAAA